AUGGUAAAUGCAGCACUGAAGACCAAGAUUCCUCAGAGGCCCGAAAGGGACAGAGUACGAUUUGUGAUGCACUUCCGGCUUUUGUGGUUGAUCUGUGGUCUGAGGGCUGCAACCCCGUCAGGGGAACUGGAGCGCCCCAGUCCCGAGAAGAUUGUGAAGGUGGAGAAAGAUCCUAUAUGGGACCAUGAAACCUACCUUCAAGUGAAUAACAUUUCUGGCCAGGAGGCCUAUCGUCAACUUUUUAGGCAGUUUUGUUACCAAGAGACUCCUAGUCCCGGAAAAGAUCUGAGCUGGCUUUGGGAACUCUGUCAUCAGUGGCUGAGGCCAGAGAUUAAUAUCAAAGAGCAAAUCCUGGAGCUGCUGGCGCUAAAGCAGUUCCUGACCAUCCUGCCUGAGAAGCUCCAGGCCUGGAUGUGGGAGCACCAUCCCAAGAGCAGGGGAAAGGCUAUGGCUGUGGUUGGAGAUUUGGAGCAAGAGCUUAGUGAGCCAGGGAACCAGGUGAGAAAUGAAAGGUAAAGCCCCAGAUCAGUCCUCUUAGGGGAUACGACACAUCUAAAGGCCAAGGAGGAAUCAGCAGUCAUCCAGCUUCAGUUGAUGGUGACACAGCUCAAAUAUGAAUCUUUUGGCCUCCACCAAUUUCAAGAACAAGAUGAUGAAACUAUACCUGAAAACUUAGAGUUGGCAUUGAAGCAAGAAGUCUUAAAAGAUAUGGAACAUUUUGAGGAUAGCAGAGUCCAAAGAGAUGGUCCUCUGGAUUCUAAGUACAGAGAAACUUGUAAAUGUGAAAGCAGGACAGAAAAGCAGCAGGGACACACUGGAGAGAGAUGUCACAGGUGCAAUGAAUGUGGGAAAAGCUUCACACAGAGUUUAGUCUUCAUUCAGCAUCAGAGAAUCCAGACUGGAGAGAAGCCAUAUGAUUUUUUUCCAUAUGAAUACGAAGAAUGUGGAAAGGCCUUCAGUCAGAGGUCAGGGCUGAAUGAACAUCAGUGGAGCCACACUGGAGAGAAACCCUAUCAAUGUAAGGAGUAUGGAAAAGCCUUCAAUGCCAGCAGUGGCCUCAUUAGACGGAAGAAUCCAUACGGGAGAAAAACCAUUGAAUGUGAGGUAUGUGGGAAGGCUUUCCACCUCAUAUACCUUGUUCAGCAUCAGAGGAUACAUACUGGGGAGAAGCACUAUCAGUAUAACAAGUGUGGCAAAGCCUUCAGUCAGAAUGCAGGGCUUUUCCAGUAUCUCCAUAUCCAUACUGGUGAGAAACUGUAUCAAUGCAAUCAGUGCAGUAAAAGCUUUAGUAGGCAGACACUCCUUAUGAAACAUCAGAGAAACCACACUGGAGAGAGACCAUAUAAGGGUGAUGAGUAG